UCAAUUGUGCUGAAAAUGGUUUUAGAAAAAAACGGAGGAGUCGCACUCGCCCAUCCCUUGCAAGGCGAGGAGAUCGUCAUUACCGGGAUGUCUGGGCGUUUUCCCGAGUCGGACGACGUAUACCAGUACAGGAGCAACAUCUACAACAAAGUCGACAUGAUCACCAGUGAUAAUCGACGCUGGUUACCGACCAACCCCGAGAUACCCCAUCGUAUUGGUAAAAUUAAUCAUCUCGAAAAACUGGACGCUGGUCAAUUUGGUUUGCAUUACCACGAAGCCAACCAGAUGGAUCCCAUGGUCAAGAUUACCUUGGAGAAGGCGUACGAGGCGAUCGUUGAUGCUGGUUACAACGAGAGCGAGAUGGACGGUGCGGACUGUGGUGUCUUCAUAGGGUGCUGCUUUUCGGAAAGCGAGGAGGUCGUGCUUAUGGCGACGAUUGCCAGUCCGAACUUUGGCGUGACAGGGGGUUCUCGAUCGGUGACUGCCCAACGAAUCAGUCACUACUUCAAUCUACGAGGGCCAUCGCAUACUAUUGACACGGCGUGUAGCAGCUCACUUUACGCAUUGGAGCACGCGUACCGAGCCAUUCGGACUGGUCGCUGCGACAGCGCAUUGGUUGGUGGAGUCAGCUUGUGCCUAAACCCCACAACGUCCCUGCAGUUUUUUCGGUUAGGCGUUCUGAGUGCGGACGGGAUGUGCAAACCGUUUGAUGAAGACGCGAAUGGAUACGCACGCUCCGAGACCGUUUCCGUUGUGUUCCUGCAGAAAGCUAAGGAUGCUCGACGAAUUUACGCACAGUUGCUGCACACAAAAACAAACAGCGACGGUUACAAAGAGCAAGGGAUCACGUUCCCGUCGAGCGAAAUGCAAAAGGUCCUCUUAGACGACGCGUACGAGGAGUGCCAAGUGGAUCCCGCCGUAGUCGAUUUCCUCGAAGCUCACGCCACCGGUACCAAGGUCGGCGAUCCCGAGGAAAUGACCGCGAUGGAACAAGUCUUCUGCACCAACCGCGACAGACCACUGAUUGUCGGCUCUGUCAAGUCUUACCUUGGUCAUCCAGAGGGCGCUAGUGGAAUGUGUUCGCUGGUCAAGGUUCUGGUCGGAAUGGAGGACGACUGCAUUUUGCCAAACAUCAACUACAACAAACCGCGGCAAAGCAUAAAGGCUUUGGUCGAUGGUAGAAUGGUGGUCCCUGUGGACAGAACGUCGUGGCCGGAAAACGGUUCGGGGGUGGUUGCGAUUAACUGCUUCGGCUUUGGUGGGUCGAACGCGCACCUUAUUCUUAAGAGGUUCGAGCAACGAAAGGUUAAUGGAGGACUGCCCGAAGAUGACUUACCACGACUCAUAUGCGUUAGUGGUCGCGCACCGGAAUCGCUGAAAGCCAUCUUUGAUGACAUCGGUGGGCGUAAACUGGACGCUGAGUAUUGCAGGAUACUUCAAGAGGUAUUCAAGAGUCCUAACUUUGAGCACCCUUACCGUGGGUACAUCAUCCACUCCAAGAUUGGCGAGCUGAAACGGAGCUCGACAAGGUUCGACAGUAAGAGUCGCGUAUGUCUGCUCCUUCCAAGAACAAGCUUGGAGCUCCUGGAGAUCGGCAGUAGACUCUUCAAAUUUUCAGCUUUUUCCGCGACCGUACAGAGAAUCGCAUCACUCCUGCCGCCCCAGGUUGAUAUAUCCAAGAUAAUCAAAAAUUGCGAAUGCAACAGCGGGCGAGAAUUAGUACUCGCGAAUUUAGGCAUUCAGCUCGCCUUCAUCGAGCUGCUCAAGGAGUUGAAUUUAUCGUUAGACUACACGGGGGGGAUGUCCAUCGGGGAGUUAUCCGCUGGUUACGCAAAUGGGCGGAUCAACCUCGAACAGGCACUCGCGGUCGGGUACGAAAUUUCUCGGCUGGUGAGCGACGAUCUGCGUCUGGAGCACGCCAUAAGUACCAAAAGCUCGGUGCUGUUGACCCGGCUACAAAAAGUGCUACCCCAUCCAGAAGUGAUACUUCAUAGUCUACUAAAUCCGAAACCUUUGGAGGAACGCUUGUUGCAACAGAGUCGCUAUCCCGACCUAGCCGUUGUCGUGCUUGGUUCCGAUCAAAUUCGGCUGAACGGUUUCACCUUCUUGCACAUUUCGAGCUUGGAUGUCGUGACCUCAUUUCUGGAUGUGGUGGGAAGCCUUUACAUGUUGGGUCACAAUCUCAACGUGGAAGCUCUGUACCCUCCAGUCAAGUGGCCGGUUAGUCGAGGUACGCCCAUGAUCUCGCCACUAAUCAAGUGGAACUACGACAUGGAUUGGUUUACAAAACUUCACACGAAGAAGGUCUUGCAUAAGGGAAUUAACGUUAUUCCUCUGGUUAAUAAGGAGAUUGACUGGACUAUCCUACCAGGGCACGUCAUUGAUGGUAUGACGAUAAUGCCCGCAACCGGGUACCUCUUCAUGGUCUGGGAGACGUACUGUAAAAUUGUGGACGUUCCAAUAGCCGGUUCUCGGGUGCGCUUCGACAACGUGCGAUUCCACAAAGCCGUCCACAUUUCCAAAAUAUCGGAGAUGGAAUUCAAGAUCAUCAUCGGCCGAGGAACGAACAGAUUUGAGAUCGCAGACGCCGACGAAGUGAUCGUUUCCGGAAGCAUACACACUCUCUCAGAAACGGAUGAAUUUAUUGACCUUGCCUUGUCACCGGAAGAUGACGAGGGAAUCUCUUUUGCGUCCAAAGAUAUUUACAAAGAACUACGUCUUCGGGGUUAUAACUAUUCAGGAGCGUUUCGCGCCCAGGAGGAAAGCCAUAUUUCCGGAUUGAUCAGCUGGAUUAAAUGGGACCGUAAUUGGAUCGCAUUCAUCGAUAACAUGCUGCAGACGAAACUUCUCGGAGAAGAUACCCGAAGUCUGUACGUCCCCACGUUCAUCGGUCAUUUGAAGAUUGACGCCAUGAAGCACUUCGAGUACGUUAAGCAGUUGGACAACCCAUCUCUACUGCCUGUGUACAACCAUCGCGAGGCAGAUGCCAUCAGCUGUGGAGGUAUCGAGCUGCGGAAGCUCUACGCUACGCCAAUUCUGCGCCGGAAGGUGACAGCCGAGCCGGUCUUGGAGACGCACAAGUUCGUACCGUUUGACACCGAGCUGCCCAUGCAGUCUGCGGUGCGCGUCCUGGUGCAGAUCUUCCUUGAGAACACACUCUCGCUGAAGGUUAAGAUCGUGGAAGUCGCGCAAACUGACGCGAUUGCUCCAAUUCUGCAAGAGGCGUUGGAUGAUCAGCCGCUGGUUAAGACUGAAGUUACAAUUUUGGGAGACGAAAACCUGACUGCCCCAAAUUUGAAAGUCCACAACAAGGCGUUGUCCGCCGAGAAGAAAUGCGCGAUAGUCAUUCUCGAGGGUGCAUCGGGUAACCUUAAACUACUCACGGAGGCUAAAGGGGCUCUUAAGGAGAACGGCAUUAUUAUCUCAAGGGAGAAAGGUGGGUUCGCUUCAAAUUUCCCUGGUCUGGCGAUUUUGGCGCAAGUAAAAACUGAAAUGGAAACGCUGGUGUUGCUGAGGAAGGUUGUGGGUUAUGCGAAAGAGCAUGUGAUCAUGGCCAAGUUUGAUGGUACGGCUUACGACUGGUUGCCCAAACUUCAGAGUGCCAUGCGAAAUGAAACCAAAACGUUGGUGGUGGUUCAAAAUGAGCUCCUCAGCGGCGUACUCGGCUUUGUCAAUUGUCUAAGGCGCGAACCUGGAGGAAGGAACUUGAAAUGCGUGUUUGUUCAGGACGAGGACGUUAAAUUUAACCUCUCCGAUCCACGCUUCAGCGAACAGCUGAGCAAAGACUUAGCAAUUAACGUGUUGAACCAAGGCGCUUGGGGUGGCUAUCGCCAUCUGCCGCUGGAGCGCUUGAAGGAGGUUGAAAGGCAGCACGUCUUCUGCAACCAGAACGUCGUUGGAAACUUGUCGACGCUCAGUUGGGUCGAAGGAUUGCUCUCACGAGAGAACACUAAGGAACCCCAACGGACGGUUAAGGUAUACGCCAGUUCCAUCAACUUCAUGAAUGUUAUGCUGGCUUCCGGUCGUGUUCCUUCGGAGGCGUACACAAAGGAUCGGCUUAUUUUGGCCACAUCGCAAGGUAUUGAGUACGCUGGGAUUGAUGCAAGGGGCGAGAGGGUAAUGGGAAUUGUACAGUUGGGGGCUAUGGCCAGUUCCGUUAUCCCUGAUGGGGAGAUGAUCUGGAAGAUACCGAGUGAGUGGACCAUGGCGCAGUCUGUCAGUGUUCCCAUUACCUACUCGACGGUGUUGUGCAGUUUCUUCGUGAGCGCCCAUCUCAAACCGGGACAAAGUCUUCUGAUACACUCCGGAGCUGGAGGCGUAGGGCAGGCCGCCAUUCAUAUCGCCUUGUUCUACAAGUGCCAAAUAUUUACCACUGUAGGUACCGAGGAGAAGAGGAAGUUCAUCAUGGAAACAUUCCCUGAAAUACCAGCUAGCCACAUCGGCAACUCGCGCGACACCUCCUUCGUGCAGAUGGUUUUAAAGCACACGAAAGGUAGGGGAGUCGACUUGGUUCUAAACUCCUUGGCCGAAGCAAAACUAAAAGCGACUGUUCAGUGCCUUGCGCCGAAAGGCUACUUCGUCGAGAUAGGCAAAUACGACUUGGUCAAUAGCAGCAAACUUGCACUCUCUGUACUUAGCGAAGGGCGUAGGUAUGCCGGCUGCAUGUUGGAUAUGUACUUCAGGGACUUCCACAAUCAAAAGCACACACUUCAACAAAUUCUGAGUAAAUUCCUGAAACAAGGGGCGGUUAAGCCUUUGUCCCUUACCACCUUCAACAUGGACCAAGUCGAAGAAGCCUACCGUUACAUGGCGGCAGGUAAACACAUCGGAAAAGUCGUCGUCAAGGUUCGCGAUGAAAACCAGCAAUCGCCCGAACUUUUCAAGGCUCUCCCAAGAUUCUCCUGCGAUCCUUGCAUGACGUAUAUCAUUUUAGGAGGCUUGGGAGGAUUUGGACUGGAAUUGGUUGAUUGGUUGAUACUAAGAGGUGCACGCAAGUUAGUUUUGGUCUCUAGAAAUGGUGUUCGAAAUGGCUACGCUGCGUCCAGGCUGAGGGCUUGGAAAACGUACGAGGCCGUCGUAAAGGUGGCCACAGAGGACGUCACCACCGAAAAGGGUUGCGCGCGGUUGUUGGAGAGCUCGGAGAAGCUUGCGCCCGUAGCCGCGAUCUUCAAUUUGGCGGUGGUUCUUCGGGACGACCUCUUCGAGAACCAGACGGAGGAGAACUUCCGAAACACGCUCUCGCCAAAGGCCCGUGCGACGCAGCACCUAGACACCUUAAGCCGACAGCACUGUCCGCGCCUACAGCACUUCGUUGUGUUCUCGUCGGUGUCGUGCGGAAGAGGAAAUGCAGGCCAGACCACUUACGGCAUGGCCAACUCCAUCAUGGAAAGAAUCUGCGAGAAAAGGAAACGGGAGGGCUACCCAGGUUUGGCAAUACAGUGGGGGGCGAUCGGAGAGGUCGGCCUGGUUGCGGAAAUGCAGGAGCAGCACAAAGAGAUUGUUAUCAGUGGCACAUUGCAACAACGUGUCGCAUCCUGUCUGAGCACCCUGGAAACCUUCCUCUUGCAAAACGAGCCCAUCGUAGCAAGUAUGGUGGUGGCGGAAAAAAAGAGCAUCGCCGAAGGCGCCGAAAACGUCAUCAACGCGAUCAGGAGCAUCAUGAAAAUAACUGACAUGAAGGCGAUCAGCGAACACGCCACCUUAUCCGAAAUGGGCAUGGACUCCAUGACCGCGGUUGAAAUUAAGCAGACACUCGAACGCGACUGUGAGGUCUUCCUAAGCCCUAAAGAAAUCCGAACCCUCACUUUCGCCAAACUAAAAGAGCGGUUAUCCAAAGAAGCAUCUGACCCCGUAGCUCCAACCCCCGCUGCGCGCAUUAACUUCUUCUUCGCCCACUUCCCCACGGAGGAGGAAUCCAAAAUACCAUUAAAGCAACUGGAAAGUUUAGCUAAGAAAGAAGAUGAGGCGCCAUUGGCGAUCUUUCUGCCGGGAAUUGAAGGAGUAGCCGAAACCAUGGAGUCCUUGGCUAAAAAGCUGAAGGCUCACGUGGAGUGCGUCCAGCACACAAACGACGCCAGCGACUUCCGCUUGGAAGCCUUCGCUAAAUCACUAUCAAAGCUAAUACCCCACGUCGAAAAUCACUUCAACCUCGUAGCAUAUUCGUAUGGUUGUGCUGUCGCGUUAGAGCUCGCUUCCACCUUAGAAGUCCGCGGAUUGCUUGGAAAAGUGAUUUUAAUCGACGGAUCUCCGGAAAUGCUAAAGGAACUGAUAAAGCAGCAGUAUCCGUCGGAACACGAGCCGGAAGCCUCCUUGGAGACCGCCAUAUUGUUUAACUUGAUCAAUUCAUACGCCCCCAUGGUGGCAACAGUAGUGCCCCGGGAAACUCUUCGCCAGUUGCGCACGUUGGAGGAUCGCGUCGACUACUUACUCGACUUGAUACCCGAAGGAGUUUCGCACUCGAAAAAGUACCAAAAGCAGGUGGCAAUCGCCGUCUGCGCGAAAACGAAAUCUGUAUACAAUUACGAGGCAAACUUUCCAAAGCUGAAGUCGGAGGUGACGCUAAUCAAGCCGAACGAAGCGUCCGUCGUAAACUACGACGAGGACUACGGACUGCAGAAGUUGUGCGAGAAACCUGUUCGAGUUCAUACGAUUGAAGGGACCCACACAACCAUCGUGCAGAAUCCUGAGCUUGCCGAUUUUAUCAAUAAAAUCAUCAGCAAUUAAUAAAUAGUUGUAGUUGAA